CCCCACCAGAACUCGCUCCCAGACGACAUAUCAAUCAUUAACAAAUUUGAAGCUUCUCUCUCUCCGACGAUUCGCCGGAAAAUGCCCGUCGACGCACCUCCUCCGGCCGAAAUAACAGUCUGCGUCACCGGCGCCGGCGGCUACAUCGCCUCGUGGAUCGUCAAGCUGCUCCUCGACCGUGGCUACACCGUCAGAGGAACCGUACGGAACCCAGAUGAUCCGAAGAAUUGCCAUCUGAGAGAGCUUGAAGGAGCGAAGGAGAGGCUGAUUCUGUGCAGAGCGGACCUUCAGGACUACGAUGCUCUCAGGGAUGCGAUCAACGGCUGCGAUGGCGUCUUCCACACUGCUUCUCCUGUCACCGACGAUCCCGAGAAAAUGGUGGAGCCAGCAGUGAAUGGAGCCAAGAACGUGAUAAACGCAGCGGCCGAGGCCAAGGUCAAGCGCGUGGUCAUCACCUCCUCCAUCGGUGCCGUCUAUAUGGACCCGAACCGUGACCCUGACGCCGUCGUGGACGAGAAUUGUUGGAGUGAUCUCGAGUUCUGCAAGAACACCAAGAACUGGUAUUGCUAUGGAAAGAUGGUGGCCGAGCAAGCGGCAUGGGAGGAGGCGAAAGAGAAAGGAGUGGACCUUGUGGUGAUGAACCCGGUCCUGGUCCUGGGACCGCCAUUGCAGCCGGUGGUUAACGCCAGUCUAACUCACAUACUCAAGUACCUCACCGGCUCGGCCAAGACCUAUGCCAACUUGACACAGGCUUACGUGGACGUCCGAGACGUGGCCUUGGCCCACGUUUUGGUCUACGAGUCGCCCUCGGCCUCCGGCCGUUACAUCCUGGCCGAGAGUGCGCUUCACCGGGGCGAGGUUGUUGAGAUCUUGGCCAAGUUUUUCCCCGAGUACCCGCUCCCGACCAAGUGCUCGGACGAGAAGAACCCGAGGGCAAAACCCUACAAAUUCACGAACCAGAAGAUCAAAGACUUGGGAUUGGAGCUCACACCGGUCAAACAAAGCAUCUACGAGACGGUCAAGAGCUUGCAAGAGAAGGGCCAUCUCCCACUUCCCCAGCAAUCCAACCAAAACGCCAUUAAAAUCUGAUCUCCUCACUUUCCCUGGAGUGGCCUUACCAUGAUAUAUGCAUAUAUAUAUAUAUAUAUAUCGAUGCAGGGAAGAUGCUAAGAAACGUCGUCUAAUGUCAUGAAAUUGUAUACUUGCUAGGUUUCAUGUCAAUCUGUUUUCUGUUGGGUUAUGUGAAAUCUUCGUCCAAAUCCCCAUUUGAGACAGUGGUGAUGAAUCUGUACUAUGAGCAUAGCAGAAGGUUGUCGCUUACAUUAUUCGGUUUGAUGUCUGAAAAUGAUAUGAACCAAAGUCUGUGUCUUUA